AUGUCUGUAGCACCGAAACCACCGACCAAGACGCGAGCUCGCUUCAGCUAUGCUAUGGGGAAGACCUUCAAGUAUGGCUUUUGGGGUGGUGAGAAGGAAGUCAUCCGUGGUCAUUAUACAUACGACGACGGAUCGGACCAUAGAGAAUUUUCCAGGGACUAUAAAUACUCAACUCCCCUCGAGCUCCAAGUGAUUCUGGAUGUCUCCGAUACCGGGCGCACAGACGUAGAACGUAGAGCUUUCGCGAUUGACACGCAGAUCAAGACCGCGUGUGUCACUGGCAAGACACAGCUGGACUCGAUGGUCUACGCAGUACGACUUGAGGGACCUGGUCGAUUCUAUACCCAAACAUGGGAACAAGAGCUUGUCGAGGUCGUGACGGGUACCCGAACUCAACCUCAGGCGUAUUCGGUAGAUCAGGUCGAAAAUCUGGUUGACAAUCACAUAGAAAAGGUUACUCGAUUCAAUCCUCUCCAAAUUCCAGGAAGACCUGCCUGGAAUCACUGGUCCGGUAUUCAGUUCAAGGACCAUCUGAACCUAGAGCCAGAUGUCGAAGGCUUGCGGUUGAGCAUCACUGUCGAAUGCAAAUUUACCCAGAGAACUAUACUGUUCGUCCGCAAGAAGUCAACCGCAAUCUUCCAGUUUGAUGUUGAACUUGUCAAGCGGGACUGGGGCAGAGAAAAAGCUCGGCAACAGGCAAUCGCACAAGGGACCAGACCAGCGGGGCCUGAACCCUUUGCGCUUGCCGAUUCGCGAUGGGGACCAGAGGCGAAAUGGAACAUCAGUCUUGAGAAAAAGAGAGUGGUGCGCGGUACGGUUUGGCACAACGUAAAGGGCGUUCAAGGUACAGCCUUGAAAAGCGUUGGACCCGGCAUUUUCAGAUGGUGGCAGCACGAUCGUGAGGAUCAAGCCAGGUCCGCAAUCGUCCCGAAGAUCUAUGCUCGUGGCCGGACUCAAGCGGGCCCGGAAACUCGCCAGCAGGAUCGAGAGCAGGGUGACAAUGGCUGCGAUUCUAUCGAGCCUCCCUUGUAUCAAGCUUAG